AUGCACGACUACAUCAACGCUGAGGACAUUGAGUUAUGGGACAUCAUCCUUGAUGGACCAUAUAUUCCUACAAAGGAAAUGAAGGAUGGGGAGCUUACCACCACCGUUGUCAAAACCAAAAAGGACUACAACGAGGCAGAUAUGAAAAAGAUAGAAAAAAACUACAAAGCAAAGAAGAUUCUAGUGUGUGAAAUUGGAGCAUAUGAGUACAACAGGAUUUCUGCUUGUGAGACUGCCAAGGAGAUAUGGGAUUGUCUUCAAACAGCCCAUGAAGGAACUCAUCGAGUAAAGGUGUCUAAGGUUGAUAUGCUUACCACUCAGUAUGAAAAAUUCAUUAUGAAGGAAGGGGAAACCAUCUUUGAGAUGAACUCAAGAUUCACCUCUAUCACCAACGAGCUGAGAGGUUUGGGUGAGCCUAUUCCUGUCCGUAAGCAAAUUCACAAGAUCCUCAAGGUGCUUCCGAAAUCUUGGGAAAGCAAGGUAGAUUCCAUAACAGAAGCCAAAGAUCUAAUGACGCUUCCCAUGGAUGAACUGAUUGGGAAUCUUCAGACCUACGAGAUGAACAAGAAACAAGGGACGACUGUGAAGGAAGGAAAGAAGGAGAAGUACAUUGCUUUGAAAGUAUCUCAAAAUGAGGUGACUGAAGAGGAGGAUGAGAUGGCAUAUGUCAGUAGAAGAUUUCAGAAGAUCUUAAAGAAGCAUGGAGGCUUCCAAAAGAAAACCCCUUCCAGCAGAACUAUUACUGCAAAUGAUAUUUGCCAUAAGUAUGGCAAGCCUGGUCACUUCAUGAGGAACUGCCCCAGUCAGAAGCAGGAAACUUAUGACACCAGACCUCGUAAGAGGGACCUGGCCCCCGACCACGCUCGAAGGAAGGCACAUGCUGAUCAGUUGGUGAGAAAAGACUUUGCUGUUUGGGGAAAUGACUCAAGUGAAUCAGAAGAAGAUGCAGAAACUCAUGAGGAUGUUUCAAUGAUGGCUAUUAAAGAUGAUGAAAAUGUCUUCAACUCUAUCUUCUCGUUAAUGGCAAAGUCUAAUGAUGAAGAGGAUCUAAAUAAGGUAACUCUUUUUGAUCUUAAAGAUGAUCUAGAUACUCUUCCCAUUAAAAUUUUAAGGAAACUUGUUGCAUUGCUUAUUGACUUUGUUAAUGAACGAACCACUGAAAACUUAAUGUUGAAUGAAAAAUUAAGUUUGUGUGAGGAUGAGAACUCUGCUCUCAUGUCUCAAGUCUCUAAAAUGAGUGUAAAGAUAGGUACUCUAGAAACUAGUAUCAUAACACCUGAGGAGGACCCUGUUACUUCUCUUGAAACUAAUUCUCAAUUGAGAAAGGAUCUGAGUAAGGUCAAGGAGGAGUUAAGCCACUCUCUAAAAUGGACUGACUCAUCUAAGAUACUCUCUAAUCUGUCUAAUCAGAGUUUCAAUGGAAAGAAAGGGUUGGGACGCAGACCUAUAGAACCCCCUUAUAAUUCUCAUAGCAAAUAUGUGUCUAUAUCUGACAACCUUUUGUGCACUUACUGUGGUCGAAAUGGUCAUUUGAAAGAGAAAUAUGAGAGUCUGAGAAAAGCUAAAAAAAGGCAUGUGAAAUUUGUUAGAUCUGAAAGUGAUGUUAAAAAGGGACACAAAGGACCUGGUCCCCUUUAUCGUUUCAGUAAGAACACCUUGCCUCUCUGGACAAAAAGGUUUCUUAUCAAGCCUCUUGAUAGUUACUGGGAACUCCGUUUGAAGUGGGUUCCUAAAUCUAACAAGUGA